AAACUCAGACAGAGGAAAGAUAUCUUUUCGGAAACGUUUUCCCAGCCAGAAAACUAUUAAUUAAUUUCUGCCCUUGUGAACUGAUUUAACAUCCCUGGCGGUUUGAAGGAGUCAACGCUGCAGCAUGAGCGUCAUGUUACAGGAGAUCAUGGCCUUCGUUCUAACAACCACAGGCUGGGUACUGGAGUCUUCCACCUUGUAUGCGGACCACUGGAAGGUCUCCUCCAAUGAUGGAUCUGUCAUUACCACGUCGACCUUCUGGGCCAAUCUGUGGAAGCAGUGCGUGACCGAUUCAACAGGGAUCUCCAACUGCAGAGACUUUCAAUCAAUGCUAGCUCUGGAUGGUUACAUCCAGGCUUGUAGAGGAUUGAUGAUUGCAGCCAUCUGCUUGGGCAUGUUUGGGUCUGUGCUAGCCCUGGUUGGGAUGAAAUGCACCAAAGUUGGCGGCAGUGACAGGAAUAAAGCCAGGAUUGCCUGCGCUGCUGGUGUAGAUUUUAUUCUCAGCGGAGUCUGCUCUCUUUCUUCAUGUUCUCUCUAUGCACAUCGGAUAACAACAGAGUUUUUUGAUCCAAUGUUUAUGUCUCAGAAGUAUGAGCUUGGAACUGCCCUCUUUGUGGGCUGGGCAGGUGCUGUCCUCUGUAUUCUAGGAGGUAGCGUCUUCUGCUUCUCUGUCGCAGAUUCCUGUUCAAAAAGUCACAGUCAGGCAAACUAUAUCUUCAGAGGUGCUGCCUCACAUUCCCAUAUCACCGCCUACACAAGAGGGCAGAAAAAGUCUGUAAACGAAAGACCAGCUACAGAUAACAGCACCUCCUCCAGGAUGCAGCACUUUGAUAAAAAUGUGUAUGUCUAAAGGAAGGAAUCCAAAUCUCUUUUAUGUAAAGCCAUUGGUGGAGUUAAAGAGUUUUACCCUCUGCAUGUAAGAUGCAGCAACAGUACCGGUUGGCCUCAGUUUAACUACAGCAGAGGUUAUUGAUACAGUUUCAUUUUGUUAGUUUUUUUGCUUUAAUGUAUACUACUUUAAAGUUUUCUUACAUGGUUUACUCAGUGUUCUCGUUUUAGACACUUUUAUAUGUUCUGGAGAUAAAGACAAGAAAACCGUGGUCCAAAAAAUGAGCCAAUCUGAUAAAAUGCUGUCAUCAUUCUCUAAUGACAUAUUGUAUAAAACUGUUUUGAAUUUGUGUUACAUUUAUUUGUAUGUUGCUCCCAUUGCUAGUAUCUAUAACUGUAUCUCAUAUGUUCUUUUAUUAAUCUGCAUUGACCAUCCUAUUAUUGUAAUGUAAGAAAGCUGUUGACGCAUGAAAGCCAUUUUUGUAAUGUUGUGAUAUCAAAAAGUUAAAUAGAAAACUCUGUAAAAGGUGGAGGCCGGUCAUCAUAUGAAU